AUGUCAGGCAAGUACGACUCGUCCCUCACCGUCUUUAGCCCCGACGGACACCUUAUCCAGGUCGAGCAUGCACAUAAGGCGGUUGAGCGAGGAACAUCUGCGGUGGCAGUCCGCUCUGCAGCAGGCAUUGUACUUGCCAUUGAACGUAAGCAGACAGCAAGGUUACAGGAUCCACGCGCCUCCCAGAAGAUCUUCGAUGUAGACGACCACAUCAUUGCAACAUUUGCUGGACUCACGGCCGAUGCUCGCGUCCUUAUUGAUAGGGCAAGGCUGGAAUGUCAAGCGUAUAGGAUGACGUAUGAUGUGGCCCCGUCUGUAGAGAUAAUUGCCAAGGCUGUUGCGAGCAUUCUACAAAGCCACACGCACAGGGGAGGCACUAGGCCCUUUGGGGUCUCGAUCAUUCUGGCUGGAAAUGAUCUCAAUGGUUCCCAUGUAUUCAUGUGUGAUCCUUCCGGAGUGUAUACCGAAUGGAAGGCACUGGCCAUCGGAAACCAGUGUGUCACCAUAAUAGAGUUUUUGGAGAAGAAGCUAAAGGAGGGAGAGCCGCAGAACACAAAUGAUGCACUUUCAUUAGCAAAGGCUGCACUCAGUGAGCUUAUUGAUGUCAACGAUGAGACAUUUCAGUGCAAGGUAUUGAAGGCCUAG